AUGGAUCUAUUGGAGUUUCUCGAACGCAUCGCGAGGGAGAGCAGAAGUUCAAUUCCUAGGAUUUUUAGAGACAGAACAUGUCCCUAUGAAACUUUAUCCGACGUCGAGUUUAAGAAGGAUUACCGUUUCUCGAGGAAGGUCUUCUUUGACAUAUGUAAGAUUGUAGCAGAGGACAUGCGGAGAGAAAGCGCAAGAGAAGUUGACUUGACCGUGGCCGAUCAAGUCGCCAUCGGCAUUCACCUUCUGGGGCGAAACGUCAUGCAAAGUGACGAAGCGCGAAUUACAGGAUGCCAUCAAACUACCGUUUCAAGGGUUCUUAUGGGCUUUGUUCAAGCCCUAAACAGAAGAGCACAUCAAUACAUCUUCUGGCCUACUGAGGAAGAAAACAUUCAAAUAAGGCGUUCGUUCUACAGGAAAUAUCGAUUACCUGGAAUAUGCGGAAUAAUUGACGGCACACACUGCAGGAUAUUGAAACCAUCCAUAGCUGCUGAGGAUUACGUAUGCCGGAAAGGCUUCCACAGCCUGAACGUUGGGGUCAUCGUGGAUUACGAAGGGAGGGUGCGGUGGGCGUGUGCACGAUGGCCAGGAUCGGCACACGAUUCGCGUGUGUUUAAGACAUCUGCUUUAUACGCUCAACUGAGAAGCGGCGAAUGCGGAGGGGUCCUCAUCGGCGAUGCAGCAUACGCAUCAGAAACGUUUCUUCUGAAGGCGAUAAAUGCUCCAAAAAAUGCGCAUGAGAUCCGCUACAAUAACGCAAUUUGUGCCGCACGAGCAAGAAUAGAGUGUGCCUUUGGAGUCAUAAAACGACAAUUUCAUAUACUGCAUGGCGAAUGCAGAUAUUCACCAGAAAAAGCGUCGCAGAUCGUGAUCGCAUGUUUUGUACUAAGGAAUAUUGCAAUCGCAGCCAAAGAACCAGAAGACUACGACGAAUACGAGGGGCCCGACAAACAAGAUGAAGAGGUUCCA